AUUGAGGUCAGAAAGAGCGCCUUCUGUUUUGUCGGACACCGACUUCAGCUUAGAGCAAUUGUCUCUGCGAGUGUCUUCGCUUCAUUUCGAAUCCUACCUAUUCAACAAAGCAAUCCAAUCCAGGCUCUGAUGGCCAGCUCGUCACCUCAUUCUCCCUCCUCCUCAAAGACGUCUGGCCGCGAGUCGCCAGCGAAGACACCCGAGUCACCUGUUCUGCCUUCCACAAGGGCGGAGGCGAUCCAAAACAGUCCUCCGAAACCUGUGCUCUCCGACACGAUGGAUGCUCAGACCGCGCAUUCCAAGCCUCACGGCGGCCGCACCCAGGUCAAGACGCCAGAAUUGCGCCACUCCAAUGAGCGCAUGAACGGGCAAAAAGAAUCUGCCGAGAGAUCUCCCAGCACGCCUGGCCAUCUGGCACCAUUUGACUGGGACGAGUUCGAGGCUCGCUACGAGGAGGCUCUCGCCGAUGCUGAUCGCAACGAGCAGGAGCUUCUCAAGGAGUUUGAGGAACUUGUUAAGUUCUUCAAUGUCUGGGCCUCCGCUGCCUCUGUCCAUGACACCGAGCGCGGGGUGAAACGACUCCAGACACGAGAGCGAUACGUCAAGAUCGCUGAACAGAGCUUGUUGCAGAAGAAGAAGCACCUCACUGAGGUUGUUCGCGCUUUCCAAAGCGCCCUGGCGCUCCUGAGCCAGUCUUAGCCUCCGCCCACAAGAAACACAACACCGGUGGUGGCUUUGACGAUAUCAGCGAGGAUCUCAUCUCCAACGAAAACCAUCAACGCUCAGGACGGACUCUCAGGGCGCUUUCAACGACUAGUCAUAUUCUGGUGCGCAGGUUGCGGUCACCCAACAGAUCAAUGCUGGCGGCAUGGGCUCUUUUGGCUGGCGGCAUCAGCUGGGGCGUUCGGCUCUCAUCUCUGAGCAAUGACACCAUGGUCUACGCCCAAUCCUCAAAGAUCUCUCAUCUACUUCGCCUGCCAGCCACUCUUCGGCC